CCCGGGGGGCGGCCGCCCCCUUAAAAUAGCCUGGGCUGCGGCCGGCCGGAUCCGAGAUGGCGGCCGGGUUGCAGAACCCGCCCACGCGCUUCCACGGGGUCCACGGGGCCCACGUCCGCCUGGACGCCUCCCGCACGCGGGCCACCCGCGUGGAGAGCUUCGCGCACGGGCUGUGCUUCAGCCACCGGCCGCUGGAGCCCGGCCAGAUCUUCCUGGUGGAGAUCGAGGAGAAGGAGCCGGGCUGGUGCGGCCACCUGCGCGUGGGGCUGACCGCCCACGACCCCCGCGACCUGCCCGCCGUGCCCGAGUACUCGCUCCCGGACCUGGUCAGCCUGGGCGACAGCUGGGUCUUCGCCAUCACGCGCAGCCACAACCGCGUGAGCGAGGCGCCGGCCGGCGGGCGGGGGCUCCUCUGCGGCCCCCACCUGCUCAUCGAGCAAGUCCGCAUCCCCCGCGACAAGCUGGUGGGCCGGAGCCGGCCGGGCCGCUACAGCCACAUCCUGGACGAGCUGUACAAAGCCAACGUGCUGCCGCCCACGGCCCGCAAGAGCCGCAUCGGGGUGCUGUUCACGCCGCAGCCGGACGGGACGGCCGACAUGCACAUCAUCAUCAAUGGGGAAGACAUGGGGCCCAGCGCCCGGGGGCUGCCCGGGUCCCGGCCCCUCUAUGCCGUGGUUGACAUCUUUGCUUCCACCAAGAGCGUCCGAAUCAUCCAGGUGGAAUACGGCUUGCCCUCCCUGGAGACCCUCUGCCGCACGGCCAUCCAGAGACACAUCAGCCACCGCCUGGCCAUCGACGGGCUGAACCUGCCUCCGCUGCUGAAGAACCUCUGCAAAUACGAAUGAAGCACCUGGCCAGGCACACCUGCCUCACCUGACGGGUCUUUCUGGGCGGGGCUGGUUCUGCUGGAAGCAGCAGCCGAUUCUGCGGUCGCCAAGCCCUGGGAAGCCUCUGCUGGGGCGCCUUGCGUGCCCAGCCCAGAAGGUGCCAGGAGGCCAGGGCCCCGCUGGGCUCAGCAGGAGAAUGUCUCGCAUGUCAGUCAGAACAGGAUCCGGGUCAGUCGUCACGCGUGUUCAAUAAAAGCCGCCUUAAGGAAAGGACACUGUUCUGGCUGUGAGGAUAUUUCUGUAGCGCCUCCGGGCUUCGGUACCCCAGUUCUUGUAAGUCUCCAGGGAAGACCUUGGCAGGCAGGGACCAGGUGUGGCUCGGCCCGAACAAAGAGGCGGAGUCCAGGUGCUCUCUCUUAGUCACAGGUUUAUUCAGUGCUGGUCAAAGGAGGGUUUCCCCCGUAAGGCUGGGAGGACCCUGAAUGCAAUUUUAAGCAAGCGUGGAUGAAACAAAUAAAAUGUUUAAAAGGUUAUA